UGUGUAUGAAGCCGGGCUGAGCGGUGCUGCUGCUGCCGCCGCACAGACACACACACCACCACCGUCGUCUCAGCAGAGAAGCUCCAUUAGAUCUGAGUUUAAAACUUCACCAUGACCAACAAAACCAGUGCUCUGCUGUUGAAGCCGCUAAUGGAGCUGUGCGAAGCCCAUUCUACCAAAGCUGUGCGAGGAAACACGAGAAGAGCAAACUUCAGAAACCUGGGCUCCUGUGGGGCCCUGGCAGCGAGGAGGACCAGCCGGCCCCUCUGCCACGCCGCCUCCAUCAGCAUACCCAGCCGCAGCUUCAUCAACCUGACUCUUCCUAUCAGCACCAGCAGGAUGGAGUACGCCGAGUGCCGGACAUUAGCGUACACUCCAGAGCAGAUGUUCAACGUGGUGGCCAGAGUGGAUCAGUACCAGUACUUUGUUCCCUGGUGCAAGAAGUCUCGGGUCAUGAAGGGACGAAGCGGAGAUGUGCGGGCGGAGCUCGAAAUCGGUUUCCCCCCCAUCGUGGAUCGCUACACCUCUGAGGUCACGGUCGUCCCAAACCACCAAGUCCGAGCUGUGUGCACUGAUGGGUCCCUCUUCAGCCAUCUUGAAACAAUAUGGAGGUUUGCCCCCGGUCCCAAAGACCUACCAGACUCCUGCAAAGUGGAUUUCUAUGUGUCAUUUGAGUUCAAGUCCCUUCUGCACUCUCAGCUGGCCAGCGUGUUCUUUGACGAGGUGGCGAAGAAGAUGGUCGGCGCCUUCGAGCGCCGGGCGGCAUCGCUUUAUAAGAACCAGCAGGAGGCGUCACAGAGGAGGCGGUCGACAUAAGAAAACCUGCAUUGACCUCCCCUCCAUCCAUCCACAUCCACAUGGACCUUUAACCCAACCCCUGCCAGCCGGCUGCACUCACCUAGUUCCAACACUUGUCCCACACAGGAGACUGGAUCUUCUUUUUGCACUCACUCAUAUCUCUCUUGAGUUGACAUGCACAAGAAAUAUACUUAAAAAUAUUUUUAUAAGCCACAAGCUAACUUAUUAACUUUCUUGUAUGUAUUUUAAUAUUUAUUUUACAGCUAGGAAUAAAUGAAUUGUUUCAAAUUGUUUCAACACAAAUGUUUUCUUUGUUAAAUUGUGGGAUAACGACAGACACCUGAUUCCUGCUCAGUGCUGAAACAUCUAAGGGGGUUAAGAGCGUUUUCUUGUUCAGUCAUUUUUCUGUCAGUAGUAUGUGGAGGAAAAUUCCACUGACCAUUGUCUAAGGUCGUGGAAAUCCCCUGAAUCGGUGUCUCACUGCUGUGAUACUGUCUACCUGACAGGAUGGAACCCUUAUUUGGUGAUGCUUUUCUUCCAACUGGUACUGCGGACGGACGGACACAGCAGAUAAGACAGAGGAUGAUCUCAUGUCUUUCAUGUCUUCUUUUAUUCACUUGCGGCCAGUUGCUCCAUUUUGAGCAGCCGAGCUUAUUAUUAUAAAGAAUCAAAAGCAA